AUUGCUUCCCAUAUUCAUCUUAAAUAUGAUUGCCAUUCAAGGAAUACAGUCCAAUUUAUCUGUCAUACAGCAAAAUGCUAAAGAUUCGAUUUAUUUUUUUCCUAUGAUCUUAUCUCUAUUAAUGGAACUAAAGCACUUAGCUACAUUCACGACCUCUCUAUCGCUUUGUUCCUUUCAACUCUUUUCAGACUGAAAAAGAAUGGAGCUUUUGAUCAUUGUUUUGUCAACUUUAAUGUUGCUGUUUACGCCUUCAUCUUGUGCUGACAGUAAUCAGAAGCUUGCAGCAGUGUGUUCAGGCCCUGAUAAUGCUACCCUGGACAAUCAACUUCAAAUCAGUUUCAACAAUCUAUUGGGUGCACUAGCAACAAAUGCGCCUCUGCACAAUGGAUUCUACAAAGACACAGCUGGUAGAGGUUCUAACAAGAUUUAUGGUCUUACGCAAUGUAGAGGUGAUCUUUCUGCAACAAACUGUGCAGCUUGCCUCAAGAACGCUACCAUGAACCAUGUCUGCUCAACAAGUGUGAGCGUUACUAUAUGGUAUAAAUGGUGCUUUAUUCGAUAUUCAAAUGAAAGUUUUUUUGGUAUAUGGGGUCGAUCUGCAGCGGCGUAUUCCAACGAAACAGACCUCGACGAUCCGAACGUAGUUUCUCAGGGUCAUAAUUUCAUGAAUGAUCUUGUUUCUACAGCUCCGAAGCAGCCCUUAAUGUUCCAAACUGCGGUGUUGGAUGUCGGAGAAAAUGGGAAGAGAUUUGGGAUGGCUCAGUGCACUAGAGAUAUAAACAGCACUGACUGCGCCAAGUGCUUCGAUAAUUUAUUGGUAACUUUUAGAACAACAAUUGAGCGCAAAAGACGAUGGGAAGUUUAUGGGAAUGGUUGCAACUUGCGGUAUGAUGACUAUCAGUUCUACUUCAAUUACACAUUACCUUUAAAUGAAGGAGGUGUUGCAAACUUGUCGCCUAAACGAGUUGCAAUUGGCAUGAUUAUUCCAGUGCUGAUGUUCCUGUUACUUCUCUAGCCAAUAGCCAUUGAUUGGUUCUUUUGUCAGCUUUACAUAUUGGGACUUACUGUUGGAACCUUUUUAUCUUUUUCCUUCAUUUUUCGAUUUUGUUUGUGAUGGAAGAUAAGUUUGUAAUUGUAGCUGAUAGUACAUUACAUGUGUUCAAUGAUGUACACAUAAUGUCAAUACGGUAUUGAGUGCAAGAAAGGUUUCAUUUCACUUGGACAUGGUAGAACAUGGCUACAAGAUCAGUUAAAAGCCACACGUAAAUGUGCAAAUUGGCAGCCUGUUCAAGUUCCUGUCUUCUAUUCCAGGAGUCGGACUAAA